UUUCUCUCUAACUCUUCUCUUCUCUCUAAUUAAUACUCCUCAUAUAAAAAUGGCGUCGAAAGGAAAGAAACCAGUAAGACGAACAACUACAACAAGAAGACAAGGAAUCAAGAACCCAUCUUCUCCAUGUAGUAUCACUAGUGACGUCACUUCAACGUCAUCAUCAACUUCAAUAUCUUCAACUACCACGUCAACGUCGCAGAUUCCAGCCAGCGGAUGCUGUACUCCGAAAUCUAAGAAGUCACGAAUACCGGAGAUGCUGACGUGUCCACCGGCGCCGAAGAAGCAAAGGGUGGCGCAAAACUUUGCUUUGAGGAGGAGACAAAACUCUUUCUUUGCUCCUCCAGAUGUAGAGCUUUUCUUUCUUUUCGCUCAUGGUCAACAAAUCAAUAAAUAACUUAAGUUUUUUUGUUAGGGUUUUGUGGUUGUUCUCCUGGUAUGAUCAAUCUCAAGCUUAUGGUUUGGUUCAAAUACAAUAAUUGAAGGUAUAUUACAGAGAGUGUAGUGUGAAAUACUUUUUGCUUCUUUUCUUCUUGACUUUUUUAUUUUUUUGGAAAAAUUUUCUUCUUGACUUGCUUUUUUCUCUCUUUGGUAUUUUUAGGUUCUGAUCAUUUUGAAUUUGGGGUAUAGGUUAUAACUAAUCGAACACCCUAUAUAUCUCUUUUUAAUUAGUUAUUUUGUAACUUUUAAAUUAUGUUUUUUUUUGUAACUUUUAAAUUAUGUUUUCUGUAAUGGAAUGAUGCUUGCUAACAUUUCGGGAUUGUUAGCUUUGCAGUUUUGUUUGAAUUUUGGUUUGAGUCCAUUACGAGCUGGGUUGUUGUUUUACAUACUUUACUGGUUUUAGCUACGCAUCAAUUUAUCCGUAAUCUCUUCAACAACGUUCUUGAUAUCUAUAUCCUUUCUAUUGGAUAUUUGAAAAAGGCAUGACUUGAUACUGUUUUUAUCCGAGUGAUAGCUCAAAUUUAAAUCUUUUGAUCAGAGUUCAAAAUAUGUUAUACCUUCGAUAGAAAAGGAAAAAAAAGUUUAUUACA